AUGUCCUUACACCAUACAUCAUCACCACGUUCUAAAUGGGGUGAGUCCCAGUACAUUCUGUGUUAUCUACACCUGCUGUGCCGUAUGUCCUUGACACCAUACAUCAUCACCAUUAUCGUUCUAAAUGAUCUAUCUAUCUAUCAUGGGCCAUUAACUUUGUCUGUUUUAGUCUGUUCACAUUCUCUAUUAUCUACCUACCUCACCCCAGGGUUGAUAAGCCGUAAAAAAAAACAAAUCAAUCAAUCAAUCAAUACUCUCUCUCUCUCUCUCUCUCUCUCAUCAUCGAUAUUUCUCUAUUAUCUUUCAUCGUUUCUAUCUCUCACCUUCUGCCUCUCUCCUAAUUGUCUUUCUCUUCAUCGUUAUCUCUCUUCUUCUUCUUCUCUCUCUCCCUAUCUUUCUCUUUUCUCUCCGUCGCUCUCUCGUUAUCUUUAUCUCUCAUCAUCUCUUUUUAUUUCUCACCUAUACCCGGCAACCCAUAAAGUCUCUUUCACUUUCUCCCUCAGUCAUUCUCUCUACUCUCGCUCACUCAUUCUCUCUACUCUCCCUCUCGAACUCACACUUUCUCGCUCUCUCAAUUACUCUCUCUCUCUCUCUCUCUCUCUCUCUCAUUUUCUCACUCUCUCGCACUCUUUUCCUCUCUAUUGA